AUGGCAUAUUCAAUUGAAGAGUUAAGAACUUACAAGGCAGUUACUAUAAUUACAUUAUUAUUAUCUAUUUAUGGUACUUUAAAAUAUUCCGGAGUUCCAGAAGGUGAUCUUGCUUAUACUCCUUUCACCGCAAGCAAUAUUUUAUUGUUUAUUUAUUGGGGGGUAUUAUAUCUUUGGCAAAUCAUCUACACAGCACAAAUCUUUUUCCCUGAUGAAUAUAGAUUAUCCAUUAUUAGUUUGGUAGGAUGGCAUUUCCCCAUUUUCAACGUGCUCAUCUAUAUUUGGUCGGAAUUAUUCUCCAAUGGUCAUUAUAUCUGGAGUGAAAUCGUCUUGAUUUUGAAUUUUUUCAAUUUGUUGAUUUUGUAUUUUGCUCACAAGACAUUUGCUGUUAAACCAUUGGUUAAUUGGUUUUUGAUUCAUGUUCCCUUGGCUGCCAUGCCAUUAUCAUGGGUGAUGUUUGCCUUGUUUUGGAAUGGGGCCGUCAUGUUCCACAUUCAUAAAUUGUUUGGUAGAAUUCUUGCCAAUGUGUUCAUUUGGGAUUUCCUUCUUGUUCCAGGUGUGUUUUUAUUGUUAUUCAAUGAUUGGGCUAUUGGAUUCACUAAUGCAUAUCUUAUGUUUGCCUUGGCAUUUGGACAAUUAGCAACCAAAGUGUUUGCCCUCCAAUGGAUCUUUGCCUUUGUUAUUGCUGGUAUUUUAACAGUUUGGAGUUUUAUUGCCUUGGUUGUUGGUGGCGUCAGAGAUGUUUCUGAUGAAAGAGCUCCAUUAUUGGUUGAAGUGCAAGAAACCGUCACCGAAUAA